AUGGCUGAUGCACUACUUACUGAUCUCUUUAAUCAGUUGGCUUCAAUCACUGUUCAGCUGGCUAAAGAAGAGAUCAAGUUGCUUGUUGGCGUUGAUGAAGAAGUCCAAAAGCUUCAAGACAAGCUCGGAUUCAUCAAGGCAAUGCUGGAUGAUGCCGAUAAAAGACAUGCAGUGAAGCUGUAUACUGAGAAGCUUUGGUUAGAGCAGCUCCAAGACAAAUACUACGAUAUGGAUGACGUUUUGGACACCUGGAGCACUGCAAGGAUCAAAGCAGAGAUAGAGAAAAAAGAAGGAAAACCAGCUGAUGUUAACGCUCCUGCUGUUGUGAAGAAGGUAUGCUCCUUCCCAUCUCCAUCAUGUUGUUUUAACCUUCCACUGCGUCAUGAUCUUGGUCACAAGAUUAAAAACCUGAAUGAAAAAUUAGAUGAGAUUUUCAAUGAAAGAGAGAAGUAUGGGAUUGACUUUAACAGGCAACCUGAAGUGGUUGAGCGACCAAUAACUACGUCCUUUGUGGAUGAGUCCGAUAUAAUUGGUCGUGAUAGAUAUAGGGAUGACCUACUAAGCGUCCUCUUAGGCAAGGGUAGUCCAAAGGAAAGAAAACCCCAUGUCAUAUCUUUAGUGGGCAUGGGAGGUCUUGGAAAAACCACUCUCGGCCAAAUAGCCUACAAUCAUGGUGAGGUGCAGGCCCAUUUUGAAAAAAGAAUGUGGGUUUGUGUUUCUGAUCCUUUCGAUCAGUGCAAGGUUGCCAAGGCAAUCAUUGAAUCUCUUGAGGGCCAAUCUCCCAACGCUAUUGAAUUGCAAAGUUUGUUAGGUAAACUUUGUAGUUUGAUUGGGGGAAAGAGGUUCUUUCUUGUCCUAGAUGAUGUGUGGACUGAAGACUCCACAAAAUGGGAUCCCUUUAGAAAUGUACUCAAAUGUGGUGCUGAAGGUAGUAGAAUUCUAGUGACCACACGUAAAACUAGGGUUGCAAACAUGAUGGAGAGUUCCCCCAUAAUCGAUUUGGGGGUAUUGUCCCCCAAUGACUGUUGGUUGAUUAUCAAGAAAAUAGCAUUUUCUGAUGAUUAUGGAGAGCAAUAUAUGGAUUUAGAAGACUUGGGCAAACAACUAGCAAAUAAGUGUAAAGGUUUGCCACUUGCUGCAAAGACUCUAGGGGGUCACAUGCGUGGCAAAAUAAGUAAAGAAGAGUGGGAGAAGGUUUUGGACAAUGGUUUAUGGGACUUAGAAGAUAUUGAAAAGGGUCUUUUGGGACCACUUUUGUUGAGUUAUUAUGAAUUGUCUUUAUCAGAGAAACAAUGUUUCUUAUUUUGUGCUGUUUUUUCGAAAGAUUAUCAUUUCGAUAAAUUUGAGUUAAUCAUCAAUUGGAUAGCACAAGGAUAUAUCAACUCAAAAGAAAAUAUGGAGAGGGAAGCAGAGCACUACUUUGAAAAUUUAGCCAUGCGCUCUUUUUUUCAAGACUUUUGGAAAGAUGAUAAUGAUGGUAAAAUUAUGCAUGAUGAUGUGGUUGAGGUGGACAAGAUUGAGGACAGUAAUCAUGAGGAAGAUGAUGGGGCUGGGUUUGAGGCGGAUGAACAAGUGGUGGAAGUAAACAUUGAUGAAAGGGAUUUGUGA